CAAGUUACUACUGCCAGACAGUAACAUUUUCACCUGAAUUAUUUCAGCAAUAUGGACUUGAGGUUAAAGAGAGAUAUUCUAAUUUGAAAGUUAAUACCGAGGACAGUAGUGUGUUGUUGUGGUCUAAUACUGUCGUCGAGUUCACCUGCAGCUGUUGUUGUACUGUGCUGUUGUCUAAUACCGUCGAGCAAUAGUCUUGUGAACUACUGUCUUUCUAACUGGCAGGACAACAUCAUGAGGAGAUUGCUGGGGGAUUUCCGGACGAAGAGGAGACAUUGCUCCUUCAAAACCAGCCAGAAGACAAGCAUUGAGGCGUCUUGAUCAUCCUACAAGUGCUUUAAAUCGGAUGGUGAGCAGCCUUUAGCCAAUAUCCCUGUAGCCGCCAGGGGGUGCCAUUGUCCCUGCCUGGAGUUCCACGGUCUGCCAGAGACUGUCUCUGGAUUCACCGCAAGAAGAGAGCACAGAGACAAGUCUUCAAGUGGUGGAGGCCGGACUGUUACACAGUGAUGUCACACCUGUCAUAACAUCAACCACCUACAUGAGGAAUGUGCCUGAACAGGAGCAGAGGUUAAGAUACGCUGGGCAUCGGGACCUGUAAAGGUUCACUGUCUCCUCUGUGUCCCGGAGCAGAGGUUAAUAUACGCUGGGCAUCGGGACCCGUAAAGGGCUGUCCUCUCCACUAGGGGGCAGUGGUGGGCCGCAGGUGGUUACCAUGGUGCUGAGUGCUGUCAAGUUCAUCUGUCUGGCUGUCUUACUCUGGCUAUUUUACCUGAGUCUGACCACGGAUCAAUCAAUCCAUCAAAGCAAUCAAUCGGUCUAAUUGGCCAGCGGGCCAAUUGGCCAAUCAAUCAAUCAAUCAAUCAAUCAAUCAAAAGUUAAUAAACAAACAUUUGAUAAGUGAGGCCUCAGGCCAUGCUCACACUUCAUGUCCCUGUCUCUAAAUGCUGCUCAGGCUCCUGAACCUGAUCUGAAAUCAGUAGAACUCCCUACUGAAUAGUAUAUUGUAGACCUGAUAAGAACUGGUCCUAGAUCAGUGUAGCUCCCUACUGAAGAAUGCAGUGUUGCUAUGGCAGCCUGACUAGAUCUGGUUUAGUUUGAGUUCCCUACAGAAGAAUGCAGUGUUGCUAUGGCAGCCUGAAUAGAUCUGGUUUAGUUUGAGUUCCCUACAGAAGAAUGCAGUGUUGCUAUGGCAGCCUGAAUAGAUCUGGUUUAGUUUGAGUUCCCUACAGAAGAAUGCAGUGUUGCUAUGGCAGCCUGAAUAGAUCUGGUUUAGUUUGAGUUCCCUACAGAAGAAUGCAGUGUUGCUAUGGCAGCCUGAAUAGAUCUGGUUUAGUUUGAGUUCCCUACAGAAGAAUGCAGUGUUGCUAUGGCAGCCUGAAUAGAUCUGGUUUAGUUUGAGUUCCCUACAGAAGAACACAUUGUUGAGCUGCCAGCUGACUAGAACUUGGUCCUAGAUUUUAAAAAUCAGCAGCUCUAUCAGCUUUUCUUGAUAGUAAAAAGUUUCAUGUGGCACAUGAAUUCAAGCUGCUGACAGUAUGUGUUAUUAGUAUUGAUAAGUCUUAAUACACACUUAUAAGUGCAAAAUAGAUUUAUCUCAACAAGACAAACCUGUAAAAAUAUAAAUACAGGUUUUUAGAAAGUAUUGAUGGGAUUAAGAAUGAUUAAAUAUUUAAGCUGCUCCUUUUGACGUCUCCAUUGAAAAAAUAGGUAUGCUGACCUUAUCUUUUACUUUUUUUAAAGUAAGAAAAUGUACUUUUUAUUUAUGAAGAACGUAAAUAUUAUAGACCACACAUUGUCAGUAGGCAUGAUAUUCAAGCUUGGCAUGGAAACAUUGCUCCUACCUAUAUGUCUAAGGACAAUACAUUUUUUUAAUCUAAUAAAGUACUAAACAUAGCCUGCAUCCCCAAAUGGCACCCUAUUCCCUACAUAGUGCACUACUUUUGAUCUGGGUCCAUAGGGAUCUGGUCAAAAGUAGUGCACUAUGUAGGGAAUAGGGUGCCAUUUGGGACUCAAGCACAGGAACACAAGGAGUUAAAGGUGAAACCUCUGUUAAUGAUGUAACUUUAGCGUAAAACUGAGUCAUCAGGUUUUCAUAUGAAUGGAAUGACUUCGUUGUUGCCAUUCUGUCUCUGCUAUUGGUGAAAUGGUGAUCUUCUUCAACAGACUGUGUGGGCUAACAGUGUGAGGAUGUAUCUAUAUUAGAAACUUAGCUUGACAGUAAGCUACUUUUUGUGGACUGAGGGUCAUUUGUAAAGCGCUAAUACUACAGGAGUAAAUAAUAAACUCUUGUUUCUCGUAACUAUAAUUUGUUUUGUCAUUGUCAUCUAGUUUUACACAUUCAGUCAUCUUGUUUUAAAGAAAUUGUCAUUUAAGGUGGUGAAUGGUGACAUUUAAGUAAAAUGGAAGAGGGUGUGAUCGUGUGUGUGUGUGUGUGUGCGUGUGCAUGCUUGUGUGUUUCCACUUUGUGGUGACAUCAGACGCACCGACCACAUCCUCUAUAAUAAGCAUAAAGAGAGAGAUCAGAGAGAAAGAGAACAUCACAGCACAGCAGACUCUGAACUACUGAGGUGACACAUUACAUCAGAGUUAAAUGACCAUGAUCCUCUCCGCAGCAGCCAGUUUCUGGACCUCUACCAUUAUCCUUCUGUAUCUGCACUCAGGUGAUUGUGCAGAGAUCAUUGGUGGAAAGGAGGUGAAGCCUCACUCCUUACCCUACAUGGCUCUAUUGGAGAACAAACAAGGACAUAAAGUGUGUGGAGGAAUCCUGAUCCACCAGCAAUGGGUCCUGACUGCAGCUCACUGUUCUGACAUCACCAAGGUGUUUCUAGGGGUCCACUCCAUCAAACAGGAGGAGAAGGAGACUAGGCAGGUCCGUAAGGUUAAAGAUCGCAUCCCUCAUCCCUGUUAUGACCGCAACAUCAUAGUCAACGACAUCAUGCUGCUGAAGUUGGAUAAGAAAGUAAAGCCGACUAAGGAGGUGAAGGCUCUAGCGUUACCUGUACCUGUGGCAGAUGUCCCAGCAGGGACCCAAUGCUCAGUGUCUGGAUGGGGAGCCACCCAGAACAACGCUAAAACCAUGUCUGAUGUCCUGCGAUCUACCAACGUCACCGUGAUCGACAGGAGGAAGUGUAACUCUGAAGACUACUACAACAUGACCCCGAUCAUCACCUACAGCAUGCUGUGUGCCGGCUCUGUGGACAAGACCAGGGUGGACUCGUGUCAGGGAGACUCUGGUGGCCCGUUGGUGUGUGGAAGUGAGCUAAGGGGAGUCGUGUCGUUCGGUACACAAUGUGGCAUCAAGAACAAACCUGGAGUGUACACACUCAUGUCAACAAAAUACCUUGACUGGAUCAACAAAACCAUGCGGAAGUCACUGAUUGACUGAUUGAUACCUGCAUUCUCAGGCUUUUUCUCGAUAAUUGUGAAAUUAUAUAAUACUUAUUUGAAGCUGUGAAGUAUGUUUGAACUCUUGCCAAGCUUAGUGUGAUAUAUGGAUAAAGAAAUUGCUCACUAAAAUUAAAAUGUAAAAAAAAAACAGAAAUGUCAGCUGUUUUACUAUCCUUGUAGUUGUGUAGUCGACCUGAGAUGUCAAGUCCUGUACUAGUUGAAAAUAAAUGACCUGUGAUAGUUCAACUCUGACACGUGUGAGUUGACAUGGAA